UGGUGUUCCCGAGAAACGUUCGUCGUUCCGUGCGGACGACAUAGAAACAAUGGAUGUAGUGGAUAUUAAACCACAAAUCGCCAACAUUCCUGAGCCGAAAAUUCAGCCCGUGGAAAUAGAGAUUCUUCCCGUUGUUUACGAUAUCAUACGCAGCGUCGAAAAGGAUCCGAUAGAUAACACCGCUAAACAGAAGGAAAGUGCAGAGUGCAGCCAAAAGGUUCUAGAGCUCCAACGAUCGCUUGACGCUGCUCGUGCCACCAUUCGUAAACUGCACGGCAUUGAGUACAGCAAAGAGGAACAGCUUCGAAGACUCGAAAGCCUGCGAAAGCAGCUCGCCCUGAAACAGCAGCUGAUAAAAAAGUACAAGAACGUGCAGUUUUAA